AUGGAAAAAAAUCCUGAUCUUUCUUCUCUCAUCAAGAGUCUGAUCCAACAUUUUGGAUCACCGAAAAGUGCAGCCAAACAUUUCUCCGCUCUCCCUCAGAUGGCCGAGUCAGCUGAAAAACCCUCGUCUUCUCGAACUCCGGUGGAAGUCCCAAGAGAAACCUUUCCUCUAGCUCCUUCUCCAAAAGGCUCUCCGAAGAGAAGCACCACUGAAUUGUCUGUUGGGGCUGAUGUUGAUCCUGUCUCUUUGCAAAUGGUGGAAACUCCCAUCAAUCCUGAGCCGAUCUCCACUGUGAAGUUGACGAAGAUCUCACGAAGGGGAAAACUUCUCUACAAAGCCUCACUCGAAGAGUCAAUUCCGUCUUCAAAAGAGGAAUCAUCGCAUGCUUCUCAAGAUACCUCUUUGGAGAGAAUUGGGGAAAUUGCCAAAGAGGCCCAGCUUGAUCUUGCCUCACAACCUGGCUCAGAUGUUGAUAAAGCUUCUGUUGUUGCAGAAGAAGAAUGUGCUGCUGGUGAUCAACCCACAUCCAUGGAUGUUGAUGACCCUGAAAAGAUUCCUAAUGUUGAUCAGGAUGUUGAUCCAGAAGAAAGCACAGAUGUUAUUGAUGUUGACACCUUUGUCCCUGACAAGAAAAGCCGGAAACGUAAAGCUGGAGUGGCCUCUCUCAAGCGUUCCUCAAGGUCAAAAUCCACACGGGUGAUCCCUUCUACUCUCAAUCUUCCUAGCCGAGAAGACAGUGAUGUUGGUCCAACAUCACUGCCUCCAGUUCCCAAGCCAAAGGUUGAACAUUCUCCCACCUCAAAGAGCGGAAAGGUAUCUUCUGCCUCUCACACUACCUUCCCUCGCAUCAGCUGCUCUGGAAACUCCUCUGAAUCAGAGGUUGAGGUUAGUAAGUCGUACUCCACUCGUUUUUACACUCGUGAAGCAAAGAAUGCUCUCAAAGUGCUGGCUGCUAGGAAGUUUCAUAAUGAUAGACGUGCGGAUGAGGAUUUCUUUUCAAAGUAUAAGCUUGAUAUCCUGUUGCAAGAUAGGAGUAUGUGGGGUACAGUUGUCAAUGCUUUUGACCCAAAAUCUGUUAAGUUUGGGAAAGUGUUUGUUAGGGGUAAGGUCUUUGAUUUCUCCCCAUCUGCCAUUAACAAAGCAUGCUACACUGCAAAUACUAACACUGAUGAUGUUGAGGUUGAUGAUGAUGAGAUGACUAGGGAGUUGACUGGAGGGAAACUUAAGGCAUGGACCUCGAAGUUUGCUACAUCCACUUUGUCUUGGAAAUGUUCUGUACUUCACAAGAUUGCAGUUUACAACUGGCUUCCAAGCAAAAACACUACUUCUCUAACCAAGGAACAAGCUGGAUUUAUCUUUAAAGUUGGUAAGCCUUUGGCUUUCAACUUUGGUGAGCAAGUGUUUGCUAACAUCUCUCGUGCAGCCUUUAAGUCCACAGGUGGAAGUAUGCUUCCCUUUCCAAGCCUCAUCUACAAUCUCUUGGUUAAGCAAAAACUCCAGGAGAGAGAGGAAGUUGUGCUUGUUGAAGAGAAGAAUCUGCUUGAGUUUUCCAAAACCCUCCUCACUCCUGAUCGUGUCAAAGAUCUCCCCUAUGAACCUCCAUGUGCUGGUCCUCCUUUGUCUCCUCAGUCUGAUGAUGGAGCUGACUCUGCUGAAGCUGAGAUCGACAAGUAUGGUGAAGACGAAGAUGUUGAUCGUGCGACUGCUCCUGAUGUUGCACUUGAUGUUUCCAACAUCAUUUCUGUCAAAGCCCAUCUCACUAAAGAAAUAUCCACAUCUCGUAAAGGCAAGGAACCAGCUGGAGAUUCUGAAGUUGAGAUUGAUCUUGACGUUGCAGAGCUCAUCAAGGCCAGAGAGGAUCUUCUCAAACUCAAAAGACAAGUGCAGUUGAUGGUGGAUCGGACGAUCAAGAUGGGACAGGACAUGCUUGCACGGGUCGACUGUUGUGAACAAGUCUUCGCCAAACUCCUACCUUUUCCUUCUUCAACAAAAAAUGGGGAGUAG